AUGGCGCAUAACAUGAACACCAUGCCUCCGCUGGGCGUGGCCCCGGACGUCGGCGGCUCCUGCGUUGGCGCUGACAACAACGGUGAUGGGGCCUCUGCGCACCCGUGCGAUGUAAGCAACCUGGCAUCUGUCGUACUCUCCACCUACACGCCGGAGGAGGCGGAGGGGUUGCCAAGACAACGAGAUUCGUUCCGCCACGGGGAGAAGCCGCAGGAAGAAGAAAAGGGACAGCAGCAGCAGCAGGAGGUGUACACGCAAGAGGAGCAGCAGCAGCAGGAGGUGCACAUGCAAGAGGAGCAGCAGCAGCAGGAGAUCCACAUGCAAGAGGAGCAGCAGGAGGAGGUGCACAUGCAAGAGGAGCAGCAGGAGGAGGCGGGAGCGCCCCCUGCGGCGCAGGGUGGCCCAUGUAAAGUGGCCCCAGUGGCGCUGAAUGCCUACGGGCAGCUGCUGCUACGCCGGAGUGAGGAGCUGCUGCGGGUGCAAACGGAGUUUGAACUGUACACCGAAAGAAUCAGGAAGCUGCUGGAAAAGAGAGUUGACCCCGACGGGCCACACCCCGUAGAGCUUCAACUUGAGGAUGAGGUGGAGCUUCCCUCCAGGGCCCCAUCGAUGCUUUCCUUGCUUGUACGCUGCUCGCUUGCGGAGCCGGAGGUGGGGAGCGACGGUGUGCCGGUGGUGGCUGAAACGGCGCCUUCGCCACCACCAACGUCGCGGCCCACGACAGGCCGAGCGUCGCCAUCGUCUUACGCGGCAAUGUACGGAAGGCCCCCGCCUCACGAGUGGACCGCCGGCGCCUCGCAGCAAUAUGAAAAGAUGCUGCAGAGCCACGAAAAAGAGCUGAUGAGGGCCGCGGCGGGCUAUCAGCGAUACGCCGCGGAAUUGGCGAGCCAGUUCAAACGGCCCCCGGUGGAUAUCCCCGCACACCUAGUGAACUCCUUCGCCGACACCAACGUCAUUGCGGCAAAGGAUCACCAGGGGCGGAUGGAGCUGGCCGCCCGAACGCACUCGGCGUCGGCAGACGGCCUCAACACCGAUGGCGAGGGCAACUGUGCGGAGUUGCAGCAGCUCCCUGAGGGCGGCGAGUUGGUGUUGCAGCAGCAGGAGUCACCCCCGCGCUUUACAAUUGAAUCGCUUGCGAAUGGUGACCUUCGCGAGCGGGACGCGCUUAGCGGGCUCCUGUACUGGGACGCCAAGGCGCCCAACGAGUUGCACCGCGCCCUCCCCAGUCAGCUGCUUGACGAACGCAUGGCUGAGGCGGUGCACAACUACCGCUUCUACUCGCACCACUGGGGUGACCAGUUGAGGGAGCUUGCAGCUGCCGUCGGUGGGGAACAGGGGGCCGAGCUGCUGUAUCGCUACGAAACACGCGAGGAAUCGUUGCCACUGCCGCCAAAGUGCAGGCGGGACUUUUGUGAAUCCGCCGUGGACUAUGACGCCUUGCUGGAGGAGCAGGGGCGUCUCAUGGCAGUGGUCGAGCGCAACUUGCUUGAGUAUCGUGCCGCGUUGUUGGACAAACCGAGGCGGGCACCACAAAAGCAACUCCCACCGGUGGAAAUGCCGUAA